AUGAGUGAUCAGAGGCAGAAGAGGGAGCAGACUGGGAGUAGGAGGCUGGAGAGGAGGGCAGCCAAGAGGCAGAGAUCAGGCAGGCUACUGAAGAAGCCGGGGAGUCUCCCCCUCCUGCUGCGACCAGUUUUCCUCUCCACUGGUCUCCUAGAACCCAAAGAGGUUCAAAGCAAAGACGUCUCAGAUUGCUUGGGAAGUAGCCGGGGGAGAAGGAAUCUUAGAGAGUGGUGGGGAGGCAGGGACCUUCAGUCCUUGCAACUGCCUCAUUGGGGCAAGAUCUCCUGGGAAGAGUUGCUGUGCUUACAAGACCUGAGCUCUCUUUGUUUCUUUGAAUAA